AUGGGGCUCCACGUGGUGGUUUGGAACCUGGACGGAAGUCUCUACGACUUCGGCACGUUCUUCACUGGAGAGACCUGGGACACUGAAGCUGAUAGUUUGUUUGUGGAGUUUCUCAGAAUUAUCCCCACUGGUAAAGUUGUUGCCAUCAGUGUUAUGCGUAAACUGGGCAUUGAAGCAAGACCAGGUUGGGACUGGGAGUCUAUAUUUUCUGCUGUUGAGACCCUGGGUGGACUGACACAGACACAGAUGAAGAACGUCUCAGACACAGACGCGUAUGCCUUCAUCACUGUGACAGGAAACAAUGACGUCACAAUGGAACAGCACAUGCCUCUGGAAGGUAAUGCGAAGUACACAAUCACUGAUGACGUUCACGUCACUCUCUGGGGAAGUAAACUCAAGUUCUAUGCUGAAAGUGCUGUCAGGAUAGUGAACGACCAUAAACUCCCUCAUGACGUCAACUUCCGGGUCACGUCAACUGAUAUCGCCUACCCAAAGAUUGACGUCAUCAAUGACGUAUCUACAUGGCAACCAGGUGAUCAUGUUCUGUUCACCCAUAUAUUGAUGUUUCUCUUCAUGAUAUGUUCUGACUGUUUUUCUCUUCAGUUGAUCAUGUUCUGUUCACCUAUGAAUACGUCUACGGACUUUGACUGGAAACAGGCGGAAGAGUUUGAAGUGUUUCCUUGUGACGACUGCGCCAACAACCAGUUCCGGGUUAAAGGUCGGAGAAUUCAAGUUCCCCACUACGGCAAGGUGUAUGACGGAGUGGACAUGAGAGGUGAAGUGGCACUGCUUUCACGUGACUUCGUCAUCGAAGGUCAGAUGGAGACCGAAUGUUACGUCACAGAAACAAACAGGGAAAAAGAAGAAUGGCUUUGUUCUCUCUUUGACUUCGACCAUUUCGGUGGACAUCUGAAGUUCACAUCCACUGAGUUCUACCACAUGGGGCAACAGGAGUUCACAGGCUCCUACCCCAUACACUUCCACAUGUGCGAUGACGUCAACGGCACCUGGGUCCGCAGCAACUCCGUCCACCACAGCCUGGCCAGAUGUGUCACUAUCCACGGCACAGACGGACUCGAGGUGAGCGAUAACGCCUGCUACGACCAUCUUGGCCACGGCUACUUCCUGGAAGACAGUGUGGAGCAAUACAAUAUUCUGGACGGGAACAUCGUAAUCGGAACGAAACACGGCACUCACAUAAUGACGGAUAUGAAAAACAGCUGGUGCAGCAAAACCCUGGCCUCGAAGUGCAAUUCUCUGUCCACGUUCUGGAUCACCCACUUCAACAACUACGUCAGAAACAACGUGGCCGCCGGCUCUGACAACGCUGGUUUCUGGUUCAACUACGCCGACCGCCCACUCGGACCAUCAGCUGCCCGUCAAGCAGAGAAGUUGGCCAACAACCAGCCAGGUGUCACAGAGUUCCAGACCAGACACACCCCCAUCCUGGAGUUUGACAACAACGUGGCUCACUCUAACUAUGAGAGAGGUCUGAUGUUCGACAGCAAAAUCUCAUACGGCAAAAUGUACCAUAACACGUUCAUCCCUGAAAACGCCAGAUUCGGAUCCAACGAGUACGAUCCCAGAGAACCGAACACUCCAGAAGGAACACCCGUUACCACCACCAUCAAGAGACUUACCGUGUACAAGAACCGUAAGGAGAAUAUCUGGCUGAGGGGAGCCAACACCAUUCUGGUCAACUCCAGUAUUGCUGACUCCCAGCGCGGACUCGUCAUGCCGCUGUCACAGAGCAACGGCGUCAAUGAAGUCAAGAACUCGGUGUUUAUUGGGAUGUCGGACAACUUGGGCGUCGGCUAUACGUACACCGAUUGGAGCUUUACAGGGGAAGAGAAACCGGUUCACAAGUUCAGCAGAUCGUUUCUGGGCUGGAGACCCACUGAUCCUCUGCAAGGAUUCGUCUUCUACCACGGCCCGAGCUACGUCACCAACUGCUACUUCAACGACUUCUACCACUGGCACUGGAACACUACGUGGGACAACGUCUUCAACCUUCCUGGGUAUCGAGCUGGAGGUGCACUUGGUUUCAGGAGAACAAACAUGCCCGUGUUCAGCGCAAGGAGCACUGUGUCGGGUCUCAAGUUUGGAUUCUGUGACCCGUGUGAAGGAAACAGCGUAUUCGACGGCAACAACACCACCCCAGGAUUUGAGAAGGACGGCGAGGGGAAACAGCAAGCAUCGUUCCACGACGUUGACGGUAGCGUGACGGGUAUGACCAACUCUCAGGUUGUUAAGAACAAUCCGUUCUUUACCACACCAAAGUGUUCCUUUAGGGACAACUGGGGCAUGGCCGUAUGUCCUCACAAAUAUGUUCAGGUCAUCAUUAGAAGCGAUGUCUGGAACACUGCCGACAAACCUGUCACCUUGAUCCGAGAUGACGCCCAUGAACACCCAUUCUCAAUGAACAAGAAUCAGGGUCGAAGGUAUCACUUCAUAGUAAACAAGACCUACACCGUUCAUUUCAACAACACGGUUCCUCAGCAGUUCAGCAUGCAGGCGUUAAACAUGGAAAGCUGGUACCCUUCCUACAAUUCCCGGAGGCCACCGCGAGAGGUCGCCACUAUACAGGAACUGGAUGCUGACACUUCCGGUGCGGCGUACUUCUGGGACAAGAAAGUUGGCAUGGUCUUCAUCAAGCUGAUGUCAAAUGAGACUCGAACUGAGAGGCAGAUGAUGUGCCCAAAUGGAAAAUGUCCAAACUUCAACCUAGUGAGAAAAGACGGAAGCAACACUGCAGACUGUCGGCAAUCAGCCAAUGGCCCUUACGUCAGACAAGCAGAGGAAGCCACAGUGGAGACCACAGCGCCCUCUUGUGUCAAGGCAUCAUCACAGGGUUUUGGUGCCGGUGAGACUCGCCCAACGACUGUUCCACUGACCAGUGCCAGCGACGGAGAUGACCAGUGUCCACAACAUGCUGAACCAGCACCUGAACCACUCACCAGUCAGUCUCGGGAUGCGCUGUUGACAACUGGCGGAGGGACAUGGAUGACAUGA